AUGCCUGCUGCUGUCAGUACAAACGGUGCAACCGAAGGCCGUCAGGUCAAGCGCCAGAGGACGGCCCAGAAUGAUGAGGCAGUCGCCAAGAGCCAGAGGCAGAUUGGCUCUUCGCGACUGUUUGCGCCAUACAGGGUAACUUCCUCUUUUGCAGAGACAUGUGCUUGCAGGUCCGCUGACUCCUUCCUCUUUAGNACUGUCGGUCUCGUCUCGCCCACCGCCGUCCCCUUCACCAGCAUCGCCCUCGGCAAGACGACCUUCCAACUCACCACCUCGGUCGGUCGCAGUCUGCAGACCUACGACUUGCGCCGCGGUCUCAACCUCGUCUUCAUCACUCGCCCUCAGACUCCCGAAUUCAUCACAGCAAGCAUCGCCCACAAGGAUCUGGUCUUUGCAGCAUGGGGAGGAGAACACCCCAAGUCGGAUCGUGGUGUCUGGAUCUUCAAGAGAGGCAAGAAGAUUGCGGAACUGGAGAUGCCCUCGAACCACCAGCACAACAUCAAGUCUUUCACCAUCUUCGGCUCGUGGAUCAUUGGCGCAUGCGACAACCAAAUCCUCGUCUGGAAGUCGUCCAACCAUGAGCUCUAUACCACCCUGCAGAGCAUUACCGCCUCCUCUUUCACCGGAACCCUCAGCAGCAUGCCCACCAUGCUCAACAAGAUUGUCGCUGGCAAGGACGACGGCACUGUCGAGAUCUGGAACGUCUCGAGCGGAAAGCUGGUCUACUCUCUCCUCCCUCCUGCCGCUGAUUAUGGCGCCGUCACCGCCCUUCAGCCCACUCCUGCUCUCAACCUGCUCGCAAUCGCCUACGAGUCUGGCCCUCUGAUCAUCCAGGACAUCCAGGCAGACAAGAAGAUUUUGCAGUUCAACGCAAGCGCCCACGGCACAAAUGGUCCUUCGAUUACCUCAAUCACUUUCCGAACAGACGGCAUGGGUGCGGGAGAUGACGGCAAAAGAGCUGGUGUCAUGGCAACUGCUUCAAACGAAAGUGGUGAUGUGACUCUGUGGGACCUGAACAACGGUGGUCGUAAGCAGGGUGUUCUCCGUGGUGCCCACGCCCCUCCUUCAUCUGCUUCGCCCGGUGGUGUUACAAGAGUCGAGUUCCUGCCCGGACAGGCCAUCAUCGCUACCAGUGGUCUGGAUAACAGUCUCAAGACCUGGAUCUUCGAUGAGAGCCCCUUCAACCCUGUACCCAGAAUCUUGCACCAGCGCAGCGGACACGGUGCUCCUGUGACGACGCUAUCUUUCCUCCCCGCUGCUUCGGAUGGUUCGGACGCCAGCGGAAAAUGGCUUCUCAGCACCAGCAAGGACCGCAGCUUGUGGGGAUGGAGUCUGAGACGCGAUGGUCAGAGCACCGAGCUCUCUCAAGGCAAUGUCACCAAGAAGGCGAGAAAGCAGGGUAUCCUGUCCUCAGAAGGCAGGGACACGAUUGAGGCACUCAAGGCCCCGCCGAUCACUUCCAUUGCUUGCUCGCUCAACCGUGAUGGUGGUAUGGGCUCCAUGCCUGGAAAGUUCCCCAUCUGGCAAUCUGGCAAGGGCAAGACGAAGAACAGCACCGAAGCUACGAGUAUGACUGGAUGGGAAAGUGUUGUGACGGCACAUGAAAACGACAACAAGGCCAGGACCUGGUUCUGGGGCAGAAAGAAGGCUGGCAGAUGGGCAUUCGAGACUCAAGAUGGAGGAAAUGUCAAGAGUGUUGCAGUCUCUCCUUGCGGUACUUUUGCUCUGGUUGGUUCUGACAAUGGUGGCAUCGACAUGUUCAACCUUCAGUCUGGUGGUCACAGACAAAGGUACCCGGCACGACUCACUCCUGCUCAAGCACAACAACUUAAACUCGAUUUGGCCAAGGCAGAGGAAGCCAUUGCUCCCGCAGCAGAGGCUGGUAAGAAGAAGUUCUACCGCGGACAAGGAAAGCAUACCGCUGCUGUUACUGGUCUGGCUGUCGACAACUUGAACCGUACAGUCAUCAGCUGUAGCAUCGACGGCAAGAUCAAGUUCUGGGACUUUAUGAGCGGUGCUCUCAAGCACGAAAUUGACUGGUCUGGAGCUGUCGAAAUCACAGGCCUCAGACUGCACCGUGGAUCAGAGCUGGCCGCCUUCACCUGCACUGACGGCUGUGUUCGUGUUGUCGACGUUACCACAUUGAAGCUCAUCCGUGAGUUGAGAAUGUCGCGAUCAUCGCAAGCCAAGGCCUUUGACUUUGCCGACUUUGGCUUUUCCAACGAUGGUCGCUGGGUCAUGGCUGCAACCUCGUCCUUCGUUUGCGCUUGGGACUUGCCGACAGGCCACUUGAUUGAUGUCUUCAAGCUUCCAUCAACGUGCAAUGCUCUUAGUUUCUCACCAACCGGAGAGUAUCUGGCAACAGCGAGUGAGGAACAUGUCGGUGUAGAUGUCUGGUCCAACAAGACCAUGUUUACCCAUGUUCCUACCCGCCACAUCAACGAAGCUGAGUUGUCGACAAUUCUUGCCAGUGAAGCUCAAGCACCUACAGUAUCGGGCGAGGAUAGCAUCUCUGUCAUUGGCACCUUGGCCAACGCACCUGACGUUGAGUCCGACGACGAAAACUACGUCGAUGCCGACCUCGAUGCUGAUGCAGACCUGGAUGCUCUUUCGUCUGACCUUGUCUCGUUGUCGUUAGUGCCUCGCAGCCGCUGGCAAAACCUCCUACACCUGGACAUUAUCCGCCAACGCAAUGCACCGACUGCAGCACCCAAGAAGCCUGAGAAGGCACCUUUCUUCCUUCCAUCGUUGCAAGAACGACAAGCCAAUCCCGCCAUCGCAAACACGAACACCACACAGGACCUCGCAGCCAUUGAGCAGGAACGCAGCCGCAUCAUGAAGAUGGACCGUCAAAACACAAUCUCAAAGUUCACCUCUUUGUUGCGCAACGCCUCUGAGACCGGCGACUUUGUGCCUUUCAUCUCGCACCUCAAGAGCUUAUCGCCAGCAGCUGCAGACAUUGAAAUUCGCAGUCUGUCUUCNCCCAUCACAUCCUUUGAUCCUGAGUCAGAGGCUUGCAACGAGCUAGUCGCCUUUGUACGCGCACUUUCCUUCCUCUGCACAUCCAAGCGUGACUUUGAGCUCGGUCAAGCGUGGAUGGCGGUAUUCCUCAAAGUACACUCUGAUGUUGUCGUCGAGGACGAAGAACUCCGAGAGAGUGUCCGAGAAUGGAGGGACAGAGUUGUAGAGGAGAAGGAGAGAGUAGAGAUGCUAGCACAGUAUUGUGGCGGUAUGGUUGGCUUCUUGAGAGCUGCCAGAGUGUAG